CGGAGGUGACGCGGGGCUGUGACGCCAUUACGUACACAACCAGCAAGACUAAGUUAGGGUGUUGUCCGUGUCCUGAAUCGGUAGAACAUAAACAUGUGUGAUGCGGGAUGGACAUUUAUCGUCCCGUUAUGUCUGGUUUGUUCUACCGUCGGAGAUAUUAAGGUGAAAUCUGGAGGUGAUGCUGUUCUUUGGUGUCUAGGAUCCAGAAACACUACCAUUAAACUGCUGGAGUGGACGAAACCUGACCUGAACCCAGACAGUAUUGUUUUCUACUAUAGAGGUCAACACAUCUUUGAAAAUUACCAACAUCCAUAUUAUCGUGGUCGAGUGGAGCUGAAGGAUCCUCAGCUGAAAAAUGGGAGCUUUUCUGUGAUCGUGAAGAACGUCACACUUAAUGAUACAGGAACAUACGAGUGUCAGGUUGGAUAUGGAGACAAACCUGAGCUGAUCAACUCCACCACCCUGACGAUCACUGACUCAGAUCCCCAUGAGGAUGGAGGAGGCAGGAACACUACAUCAAACACACCUGUUGGACUAGUGGUUGGUCUGACCACUGCUGUUCUGCUGCUGAUGCUUCUGGCUGCCGUUUUAGUGAUGUACAGGAGACGUAAACGGCCUCAGACGCCAGCGUUCAGUCAAACCUACUGAUGUGGUUGAAUGAGCGCAGCUCCUCAGCAACUCUGACUUCACUUUGUAUUUAUUGCGUUGAAGACUGAAGUAAAUCAGUGUUACUGUGUGUUUUCCUCUUUGAUGUUUAAAUGUUCAUUAUGUCUCAAACUUAGUAUCAGAGUUUAUUUUUUUUGUUUGUUGCUGCAGCUGUUUGAACUGUUUACAACCACUGAGUGAAGAUUUCCUGUUACAUAACUUACUUGUUGCUUCAUUUUGUCCCAGUAUUCCAGACAGUUCUGCACCUUUGGAUCAUUUGGUCAGAACCUGAUCUGAAGUGAACUGACUGGCGAGGAUCUAAUCUCUGGCCUGACAGUUGUUGUUGAUUCCAGUGUUGUUAAUGUCAGUGUUGUUAAUGUCUAAUAAAGUCACUGUUGUAUUCAA